AUGUGCUUGCUCCCUGAGCCAAAGAUGGACUUUGAAAGCCAGGCAGUCUUCGUAUUAAGUGAGCUUUACGAUGUCAUGGGCGACCACCUUGCCUUGCAGUAUGCUGGAUCUGUCGCUCACAAGAAGUACCAGGUAGUUUCCGCUGAACUAACAGUGCAAGCCGCGCUGCCCGAUGCUUCACUUGUGGCAGCUUCUGGGAAGCCGUCCGCGCAUGAUGACAAGCUCGAAAGAGCGCUGGCCCCGGUCCUGAAGUCUGUCAACAGGUUGCCAUUUCUCUCGUUUGCUGUCGCUGCGUCCGGGGCACGUGGCAUCAGGCUGCUGACGUCUAUCCAUCGCCAUUACAACAAUUCCUUCACCGAUCGCGAAAAGCAGGCAUGCUUGAACCUUUUCUUGGGCCUGUACCAACCAGCAAUCCAUCCUUCCAUGGAGAAGCUCGACUGCUUCAGCCUCAGAUCGACGGGCCAUGACGGGCCAGUGUCGCCGGGACGUCGUGGCUUUCGAUUGGCAACAGGCGACUCCUGGGUUCACCACAAAGUCCUCAAGGAUGACUACAGCCCUGGAGUCCCAGGCCUACAUAUCACGAACUGCCCUGACGCCGAAACUAACAUCUCUGAGGAAUGGUGGGUUGAGCCGCUGCAGAAGCAUCGCCGGAAUCUGCUUCCGCUGAUAUCGAAGGAGUGUACGUUUGAGAAUCUUCUAUUGCAGGGAUGGCAAAGGCCGGGAUGA